AUGGCCUGGCGUAAUCAAGGAGUCACAGGCUCCAACAACGUCCCUCUGGGCCGGAGACGGUUUGGUGGUGAUGAUGCCGCAGAGGAGGAGAGCCGUACAGCAACCCCUUCGUCUGUUGUCGGGGAGCACAAACGUGGCAGAAGUCCUGUCCGAGCUGACCCUCCAGUUGACGGGGUCAAGAAGCGCAAGAAGCGCAACCGUUGGGGCGAUGCGCAAGAGAACAAGGCUGCCGGUCUCAUGGGCUUGCCCACGAUGAUCAUGGCAAACUUUACCAAUGAGCAGCUUGAGGCUUAUACGCUUCAUCUCCGUAUUGAGGAGAUCAGCCAAAAGCUCCGCAUCAACGAUGUCGUCCCAGCGGAUGGUGACAGAGAAUACCGUUACCGGAAGCGCCUUGAGGAUGAGCGGCACAAGCUCGUCGAGAAGGCCAUGAAGACCAUUCCUAACUACCACCCACCUUCUGACUACAGACGUCCUACCAAGACUCAGGAGAAGGUCUACGUUCCAGUGAAUGACUAUCCAGAAAUUAACUUCAGUAUGAUAACUAACCCUCUAACUCCUAACCAUUCCUGUGUUGUGUAUUUCAUAACUCUUUGCUCGAGUCGGGCUCGUAAGAAAGACAUCGCCCGUCGGUGCCUUUUCGGCUCGCUUCUUGCUAACCCUUGCUACGUGAUGUUGAACAUUUUAUCAUUGCUCUCCCAUUUCUUUCUAAUAACAGCUUGA